AGAGCUCUGAUUUUUUUUUUUUUUUUAUGGGUUUGAGAUUAUUGGAAAGCAAUGGAGGCAGAGGUGAUAAAAGCAGAGUUGGUAUUGCCAACGCAUAUGAGUUUCAAGAGGAUACAAAUAUAUGAGAAGUACCCAAAGGGCCAAUCGAAGGUCAGGUGGAAACAGCUGAAGCAAAUCCUUCAAGCUGAAAAUUACCAAAAUUACCAUCCUGAUGAACCCAAUUAUGUUAAUAUUGAGUCACCGCCUUCAAUACAUCCGUGCAAAAGAAUUUGUGAUAUAACAGGAUUUGAGGCACCUUACUAUGAUCCAAGGACCAAUCUUCGCUAUGCGAAUGCUGAUGUUUUCAAGCUUGUGAGAUCUCUUCCCAAUGGGUAUGUUCAAAGGUAUCUGGCUCUGAGGAAGGCGGCAGUGGUUUUGAAGUGAAGUUCGGGAACUCAAAAGAUGUUGAAGAGAGGCUUUGGUCUUGAAUCAAAUACUUACUUGACAAUUAGAUCAGUCUUUAAUUAAAUGAAUCAUCAUAGAGAUAUCAUGACGUAUAAUCUACACUUUAUUUGAUUGAUGGGUGGAAGGAAUGCAGGAUGACAUGUUAUGUUCCAUCCGUCUCUUGAAACCUCUCCAAAACUGAAGUUCCUAGGAUAGUUUUGGGUUAAUUGUAGCAUCAGAUAUGGCCUAUGAGAAAUGAGAAUAUCUGAUGAAGUGCGCCCCAAAGCAGGAUCAUUCUAUUUAGGAUUCAACAUACUGAUUUGUUCAUGGGUUCAUCCAUGAAAAUUUGAACUAAGUUCGGUGCAAUGUAAUUGUGUUUAUACUUAAAGUAGAAAGUUAUUAACAACUGAUCUACUUAUUUAUGACUACUUAGCACCCAUCUUCAAAUGAAAAGAAGAAAAUAAUUUAAUAUACUUUACAAAGAAAAGUGAAAAUUACUCCAAAGAUAGUGUAUUCUUAUGUCAAUCAAAA